UGAGCUACCACACAGUUAAGAGAACUUAUUGUUAUUUUUGGUACUAGGAUAAAACCCAAAGCUUCAUGCAUGCUAAGCACAUUCCUCUAUUGCUGAGCCAUUCCCCCAGCUGGAGAGGUUCUGAGUCCACUGGAUAAGAUAAAGGAUCAUAAAGCUUACUGCACUGGAUGUCAUAUUUCUUAGGAAUAAUUUCUCUUUCUGGACUCUAUAUCAGAUAUCAGUGAUCUCUCUUGCUCUUUUCCACUAAAUAGUUUUCUAGGCUAGUUUACAGAGAAGGGAGCCAGGCACAGAGAUAAGAGUCUUUCUGAAGUCAGAUAGUCAAUAGCAAACAGAGUUGGGAUUUAGAGCCUGAACCAGUCAGAACCAGUAUUUUAUUUAUGCUUUUCCUCUGCCUUUUUCUUUCUCCUGCUGUCAGAAAUAUUAUUCGUAAAUUCCUGAAUCUGACCUUCGAGAUUAUCUAGUCCAAGUUUCUACUCUGUGCAGCAAAAUGCCCUCUCCCAUCUCACUAAGGACACAUCCUUCAUGUCCUCUGUGAGCACCCACAGGAGAGGGAGAUUUGACCUGUGUGUUCUUGGCAAGCUUGUGCUGUUAUAGAGCCAGAAGGCCAUGAGGUUCUCCUCUAAUACACCAGCCUCUCCUUUUUCCAGGCCAUACCUAGGACACAUUCCUUGGGUGCCAGGAGACAUUGUGGGCCCUUGGCUCAGCUUUGAGUGGUAGCUGGGGGACUGAAAAUGGUGAUAGGGCCAGACCAGGCUGUCAGGUGCUGUUAUCAUUGGUUGGAUAAGAAUGGCAUCCUCCUAGGGCAACUUGGUGCCAGACAGAGUUAUGAUCAAGAGAUGCAGUGGAAAUUUACCAGCCACCACUAGUUCGUUCUUCGUGGGAGCAAAUUCCUCUCCACCCUUCUCAUUUCUUCCCUGAUUGGCAGUUGUUCCUCCACUUCCUUGGGAGCCAGAAGCAAAUGCCUUCUGGCACCCAACGUCUCUUAACUUGUAUCAUCACCACCACCACCAUCAUCAUUGUCAUCAUCAUCAUUGUCAUCACUAUGGCAACUGCAUUUAUUUGGCUCUUACUGUGUUCUAGUCACUAUACAAAGCAAUUUAUAAAUGAUAGCUCAUUUAUUGUUAACAAGAAUCUUGGGAGUAGAGGUGAUUAUUCCCAGUGUACAAAGGACACUGGAGCACAGAGAGAUGAAGUGACUUGCACAAGGUCACACAGCAAGCAAAUGGCAGAACCAGAGCUUGUCCCCAAGAUAGUGUCCAACGCCAACAUGCUAAACCUUCUCAGAGUUCUGUGCCACCUGCUGCCUCCUCCCAGAAUUCUGUUCAUCCUGAGAUCCAGCUAGGAGCAAAAAGUCUAUUGUUCUACAAACAUCUCCAGUCAAAUUGUUGCCCACAGUCAGGCCACUGCCCAUUUUCAAGUUUUCUUUGAGCCUCUUCUGGAAGGGACGUUCUCUCUAGCUCCAGCCUAAAUUCAGAAGUCUGAGUGUUGUAGAGAUUCGUCUCUGGGACAUCAAGCCAGCACAUGCCCUGAUCUGUCUGAUGUCCCUAGUGUUCUGAGAUUUCCUAAAACCACCCCUGAGCUUUGGUCUGAGUUCAUUCACCUUCGAUCUGAGUCAUUUCUUCCCCUUUGAGGAACCAAAAUACUGUUCCUUCCUCUUCAGACCUGGAAGGGGCUUAGGAUUUUGGAAAGGGUCAGAAGUGAGUCUCCAUCAACAGCUCUGCUAUGGAGAGCUUUAGAGGAGAAGUGUGAGAGGACAGGGAGGGGUGGUUCUAACAGAACACCUGUCCCUGAGUCUAGAUGUGACUUUCAUUUAGCUGGAGGCAGCAGGGUAGAAGACUAGCUGAGAUGGAAGGCUGUGCAGCUCUCUCUCAGACAGACAACCCUCUUGGGAGUCUACGUACUCAGUCUCUCCUUGGGAAAGUUCUGUUGCAGGUCCUCACACUGAGGAGAGGCUGUGUUUUCAGGGCAGAGUGCUGUGACCUGGAUUCUAGAGAGGCACUGGGCAUGCUGGGGAAGGUUGGGUCCAGCCACAUGUUGUGUCUGGAUGCUGCUAAUGUCCUAAGGGGAAGGUCUGUGGGCAGUGCUGACUUUUUAUAGCUAUGUGGGAAUCUGUAGGGAGGCUGAAAGGCUGGCUAAGGCCUGGGAGCCUGGCUAUAUUCGGUCAGCUGACAAGGCCCCUGCCUCAGCCUCUAGAGGUCAGGCAUUCCAAACCAGCCUGGGCAUGGAGCCGGGAAAAAUGGAAGGGAAAAAAGAAUUGCUGGAAGACUAUAUAAUAGUGCAGUCACAAACAGGUGGAAUUUGGUACUUGUUUGACCCACCUGGUGCUUUAAAUCAGAUCUCACAUCUGUGGGCUGGAGCUCAGUAAGUGGUGUUGCCCACUUAGAGUGGGCAUACAGCAUCCAUUUUGCCCCAGUGGCCUACCUCUCACACAUUGCUUGCCUCAUCUGUCAGCAAUGGCAUCUAUGUUCACAAUUUCCUGUCCAACAGACUUGCUGAGCUUGUUCUGUGUUGACAGCUCUGAUUUCUCUCCCAGGCUUCCAGUGAGGAUCCAGCUAGGGUAGGGUCUGUGUCCACGAGAGAGCGUGGGAGACAUGGUGUAGUUCCUGGGGUUGAGCUGGGACACUGGGAGCAUUUUGGGAAAAAGACAUGAUUCUGUGACGCUCUGAGAGAAAAUUUCUUAUUGGUUAGGACAGAAGCCUCAUUCUGUCUGCUUAACUCUCCAGGCUUCUGUAUGCACAUGAGUAUGUGGUUCUAUGAAUUUGUAUGUGUCGAUCUGCAUGUGUGUGUAUGUAUGUGUGCAUGUGUGCAUGUGUGUGCAUGAAGGUGCACAUUCAUAUACAUGCCCUGUGGUAUGCAUCAUACCCAGCUCUUCCUGGAACUAUUUCAUCUGAGAAUUGGUGUCUCCAUCAGUUGGCUCAAUUAGACGCCCACCUUUGUGUAACCUAAGACUCUCAGAACUCCACCACUUGACUCUCAAGGAUCCUCUCUUGAGGAAUCCCUCUUCUAGAAUCAACAUCCAGGCUGGGGCUGGAAGGACCCAGAUGAGCAGGGAGAUGACGUCCUGCCUCUCUUUUGUAUUUGCUUGGUGCUGGCUAAAGAUGCGCCAGGAAGAGAAGAACAGCUACAUGGUGGUGCAGACAAGCGAGGAGGGGCUGGCAGCCAGUGGUGAGCUCCCCGGACCACUCCUGAUGCUGGCCCAGAACUGUGCUGUCAUGCACAACCUGCUGGGCCCGGCCUGCAUUUUUCUGCGCAAGGGUUUCGCUGAGAACAGGCAACCUGACAGAUCACUACGACCAGAGGAGAUUGAAGAGCUCCGAGAGGCCUUCCGAGAAUUUGAUAAGGACAAGGAUGGCUACAUCAACUGCCGGGACCUGGGGAAUUGCAUGCGCACCAUGGGCUACAUGCCCACCGAGAUGGAGCUCAUAGAGUUGUCCCAGCAGAUCAACAUGAAUUUGGGUGGCCAUGUGGAUUUUGAUGACUUUGUGGAGCUAAUGGGACCUAAACUCCUGGCGGAGACAGCAGAUAUGAUUGGUGUAAAGGAACUUCGAGAUGCCUUUCGAGAGUUUGACACCAAUGGUGAUGGGGAGAUAAGCACCAGUGAGCUGCGAGAGGCCAUGAGGAAGCUUCUGGGUCAUCAGGUGGGACACCGAGACAUAGAGGAAAUUAUCCGAGAUGUGGAUCUCAAUGGGGAUGGACGAGUGGACUUUGAAGAGUUUGUCCGGAUGAUGUCCCGCUGAGCCCGCCCAAGGGCCCCUCCAGGACUGCCAACUCUCACAGGCGAGGAGAAGAGCCCAGCGCGCCUCAUCCACCGCAGUAGCUGCCGAGAGACCAGGAUGUACUGGCGGAUGGGGCCUGCCUGCACCCCGGGUUGGUGCCCACCCCGGAUCCCCACCCCUCCGCACUGUGAAAGACAACUCCUGCAACUGGAAAGGGGGCGCCCGCCGGCGAGGAGGCCAUAGUGCCAAGCCGGCAGAGGUCAUGCCAGGCGCCAAGUGCCAUGUGCCCAGCCGCUGCUGGCUGGGUGGGCCAGGGAGCCCGCCAGCAGACCCCACACAGCAUGUCUGCCCCGGGGCAAAGCCUCUCACGCCCUCCCUAGCUCUAUGCCUGUCCCAGCUCGCCUAGUCCUUUGAUCUCAGAAUCAAUAAAAAUAUUUCCAAGAGAAUGA